CUGACACACAAGAUACUCACUGCAACUUUUUAAAGGAAGCUCAUCCUCUGAACUGGCUUUUGGAUACAGAGAAAUACAUCGGACUGUCAACACUGACAAUGGUUUCCUCUCUUCAUAAAAGUUUUAUAAGAGCACUGACUAUCAUCUCUGUUAUUCUAUCUGGUACUAACAUCAGCAGCACUAAUACAACAGUCACACCAGAGAUGACUUCAGCUGCUGGUACUAACAUCAGCAGCACCAAUACAACAGUCACACCAGAGAUGACCUCAGCUGCUGUUACUAACAUCUUCACCUCUGUUGAAAUAUUCACACAUGAGAUGAGCUACGCUGCUGCUACUAACAUCAUCAGCCCUGAUACAACAGUCACACCAGAGACGAGCUCAGCUGAUGUUCACGGCAUUAACACCAGCUCUACAACCGAUACACCAGUGAACAUCUCAAUUGUAUCUUUACAUUUGGAGAAUUCCACAACAUUUACUAGUUCCGCUUCAUCAGUCACUUCCACAACAUCUAGCAGUCCCACUACUACAGCUCCUUUACACAUGGUCACUUCCACAACAUCUGCCAGUCCUACUACUACAGUUUCUUUACAGCCAGUCACUUCUGCAACAUCUACUGGUUGUACUUCAAUAGUUUUUUCACAGCCAGUCACUUCCACAGCAUCUACUAGUUCAACUUCUACAGCUUCUUUACACAUGGUCACUUCCACAACAUCUACUAGUCCCACUACUACAGUUUUUUCACAGCCUGUCACUUCCACAGCAUCUACUAGUUCAACUUCUACAGCUUCUUUACACAUGGUCACUUCCACAACAUCUUCCAGUCCUACUACUACAGUUCUUUUACAACCGGUCACUUCCACAACAUCUAGUUCUACAUCUACAGUCUCUUUACAGCCAGUCAAUUCUACAACAUCUACUGGUUGUACUUCUACAGCUCCUUUACACAUGGUCACUUCCACAACAUCUACCAGUCCUACUACCACAGCUCCUUUACACAUGGUCACUUCCACAACAUCUACCAGUCCUACUACUACAGUUAUUUUACAACCAGUCCCUUCCACAACAUCUACUAGUUCUACUUCUACAGUUUCUUCACAGCCUGUAACUUCCACAGCAUCUAGUUCAACUUCUACAGCUUCUUUACACAUGAUCACUUCCACAAAAUCUAGUCCCACUACUACAGUUCUUUUACAACCAGUCCCUUCCACAACAUCUACUAGUUCUACUUCUACAGCUCCUUUACACAUGGUCACUUCCACAACAUCUACCAGUCCUACUACUACAGUUAAUUUACAACCGUUCACGUCCACAACAUACACUAGUUCUACUUCAACAGUGUCUUUACAGCCAGUCACUUCCACAACAUUUACUAGUUCUACUUCUACAGUUCCUUUACACAUGGUCACUUCCACAACAUCUUCCAGUCCCACUACUACAGUUCUUUUACAACCAGUCACUUCCGUAACAUCUACUAGUUCUACUUCUACAGUUUCUUUAAAGCCAGUCACCUCCACAACAUCUUCUAGUUCUACUUCUACAGCUUCUUUACACAUGGUCACUUCCACAACAUCUACCAGUCCCACUACUACAGUUCCUUUACCGCCAAUCACGUCCACAGCAUUUACAGGUCAUACUUCUACAGGUCUGAACAUCACGCCGCUAGAAGAAUGCAGGACCACAGGACGGUGUGUAGAUCUUCUUGACAAUAUAGAGAACAUGACAGCAGAAGUGCUUCCAUUGACAAAUGUGACCAGCAUUUUGAAUGUGGUCCUCAAUGCUUCAGACAUGUUUUUGGAGUCAUCGUCAGCUGACCCAAAUAAACUGGUGUCAUAUGGAAACCGUAUGUUAAAAGCCAGUGAGAAACUCGUGUCCAUGCUCGUAAAACCAACAAACACAAGUGACUAUGUCACUUUUACUCUUGACACUUUGGAGGUAGAAAUCUUCAUGGUUGGACCACAGGUCACCCUAGAGAAAAUCCCUAGACUUAACACGACAAAUUCUUCUGUGGACAUCGAUCUCAUUGGGAUUGCCAAGAACAACAAUGAAACAAGAUCAGCUGCUGUGGCUUUCAUGAGCUACAACAUGAUGGAGAAACUAUUGAAGCCAGACUUCUUCAACACACCAAAAGACACCAUUAAAACCAUGAUGUCCACUGUGAUCUCAGCUACUCUUCCCAAAACCACCAACACUAAACUCACCAAACCAGUCAACUUCACCCUAAAACACAUCAGAGAGUUUGAUCCCAGUGGUUCUGUGUCCUGUGUGUACUGGAAUAUCAGAGAGUGGAUUGUAGAUGGUUGUUCUGUUUUAGAGACCAACAGCAACUACACUGUGUGUUCCUGUGAUCAUCUGUCCACAUUCGCUCUCAUCAUGCAAACCAGCCAUCCACCAGAGAACGACCCACUGCUGGAGCUGUUGAAUUUGGUGUGUGUGAUCGUGGGGCUGGUGUUCUUCAGUUUGGCCCUGUUGACCUUUGUCCUUUGUCAGUGGAGUCCUGGAGUGAAUAAUGUGGCUCGAAUCAACAUCUGCAUCAGUCUUCUGCUGGCUCACCUUCUGUUCCUGCUCACACAGCAGUUCCUGAGCUUCAUACGGCCUCAGCAGGUGUUGUGUGCCGUGAUCUCUGGCCUCCUGCAGUUCUUCUUUCUCUCCGGCUUUGUGUGGAUGCUCAUUGAAGCUGUGCUGCUCUUCAUCUGUGUGAAGAACCUAUCACAAAUCAGCUCCAUUAAUAGGGAGGUGCUUAGCAGUGGAUUCCUGUGUGUGAUUGGAUAUCUGGUUGCUCUGGUUGUGGUGGCCGUGUCUGCUGUGGUAGAUCCUAAAGGCUACGGAAGUGAAAAGUGCUGGAUUAAAAUAGAUAAAGGCUUCAUCUCAAGAUUUCUGGGACCUGUUUGCAUGAUACUAACGGAUUAUGGUGUUUAA